UGAGGUGCGAGAUAAAACCCGGAAAAUCGAUCACGUUGACAAGGAAUCUUUUCAAGCAAUUCUUUGUAUUGAUAUGAUCGGAGUUAUCGUGCGGACGUGUUUCUAUUUUUUUUUUAAACCGUACGGCGAUCAUAAUAUGAUAAACAUGAAGGAGUUUAUUUUCACGGUAUAUUAGAAAAUUGAAAAUAAAAUCAUUAUUUUCGAUUAAUGUGUAAACACCCAAUUUGACAUCACUAGAAAAACCGGGUUGCUAUCUCUGGGGCAAAGAAAUAAAAAUUCGUAAAUAACAAUCGAUAACAAUCGAAUAGUUUUGUUAUUUAAUUUAAAGUGAAAUUUGUUGGAUAAUUGGGGCGAUUUAGAGAUUUGAGUAUAAAUUUUUUGUUGCAAAUUUUGUUAAAAAAUCAAUACAAUUGCCUCUAUGUUGCCUGAGAUCCCUGAGAUGCAGAAAUUUCGGAUGUUCAUCUAGGAUUAAAAAUGUGAGGUCGCAGUGCUGGUGAGUGGCAGGUUCCAGGCUUCCCGCAGUUGACAAAUCCCGAAUGCCAAAGCUUUCAAUUCACUAUUCAUCAAUUGGAUAAAAAAUAAAUAACUUUGUAUUCAUACAAAUAAUCCAAAAUGUUUACAUUUGGUUUUUCGCGAAGUGAUCACGAAGAAGAUCAAAAAAUAGAAGAUUCGAGUGGACAACUCAGUUGGUUUCCAGCUUCAGAAAUUAAGCCGACCACCGAACAAAUAAAGAGUGAAUAUAGGAAUGAAGAUUACACAGAAUUUCUCGUCCACAAUAAAAAAAUCAAGACAAUACGCUCGGAAAAUCUUGUUUUAAAUUUGAGCAACGAAGACCACGAGAAUAUUUUGAAAGCAGAGUCACAACAUUCCGAUUUGCUGCCUGCCAUCUAUGAGGGUGGUUUAAAAAUUUGGGAAUGCAGUUACGACCUUGCAAAAUAUUUACUAGAAAAUUGCAUAGAUUUGGAAAACAAGAAAGUUUUGGAUUUGGGAUGCGGUGCUGGAGUCCUUGGCAUCUUGACACUUCUUAAAGGGUCGAACAUUGAUUUUCAGGAUUAUAAUGCAGAAGUCAUAAAAAUACUGACGAUACCAAAUGUUUUAUUGAAUCUUGAUGAAGGCCAAAAAAUAAGCCAAAAAUGCAAAUUCUAUUGUGGUGAUUGGGAAUCAUUUGCCGACUUAUCUUCAAACAGAAAUUCCAAGGAGGAAGACAAAUACGAUUUCAUAAUCACUAGCGAAACGAUUUACAAUCCUGCGAAUCAAGGAAAAUUAUACAAAGUUUUGAAAAAAACAUUGAAACAAAAUGGAAUUGGAUACGUAGCAGGGAAAACAUAUUAUUUUGGUGUUGGCGGAGGAAUGAGACAAUUUGAGACUUUAGUCAAAGAGGAUAAUUUUUUCGAUGUUGAAAUUGUAUGGAAAAGUACAGAAGGCUUGCAGAGAGAAAUAAUGAAACUGACGAGACGCAAAACCCAAUGAACAUGGCUAUGAUUUUUUUUUACUUUUGAAAAAUAAAAAUUUCCUUAACCGCUGUAAAAAAA